AUGGUGUUUUACGGCCAGACAGUGGACGAUAUUCCCGAUAGGGGUUAUGUCCUCUUCAUCAUAGCGCUGGUGAUGGUUCUCAUUGCUGCGAUAUUUGUGGGGAUUCGGCUCACGACUCGGAUUUACACGACACAGCUUGGCUGGGAUGAUCUUUUCUUGACCAUCGGCCUUGUGGCCUCGACGGACCUAGGAGAGAGCCGGAAUGCAGCCUAUAUGUGGUUUUUUAUUGCCCAGACUCCCUACAAACUUGCCCUCGGUUCCACCAAAGCGUCAAUUGUCCUUCUUUAUCUACGGAUCUUCAUCACACAAACCUUUCAACGCGUGGGAAAGGUGUACCUUGGAGUUAUCGGUGUAUGGACAGUUGCCUCGGUCCUUGUCACUAUUCUUCAAUGCAUACCUAUCCAGGCAUCGUGGGAUAAGAAAAUUGUCAACAAGGCCUGUGUGGAUAAAAACGCAUGGUGGUAUGCGUUUGCAACAAUCAAUACUGCCACCGAUUUCUUGAUCGCAAUCCUCCCAAUACAGCCAAUUCUCCAUCUGAACCUUGCUAAACGUGAUAAGCUGGGAUUAUUGUUUGUUUUUGGCGUUGGAGCCUUGUAA